AUGUGGGACACGAUCGCUCGCUGUGCUCCAAAGAUUGCCAAAAAGUGCAAGGAGAUUCCCAACUCAGUGCGGCUGAGCUUAGGCAAGGCUCUGAAGUUUGGAUCGAGGGCCAAGUCCAAUGAUCAGAGCACUACCACGAUGCUGCCGGCGGAACUGCAAGAACUUGUUGCAGAGACUGUAGCAGAACGCAUCGCCCUUGGUGAAGAAUGCGAUUAUCAUUUUGUUGCUGAUGUGUUGAUGGCCGCCAUCGAGAUGUGGAAUAAAGGAGUUGAUCAGUUGAAGACAAAGUUGGAUGAUCCAGAAGCAUUUUGCCGAGAGCUGGUAAGGGAACGAGAAGAGAACCCAGAAGAAGAUACUCCUGAAGAUGCGAUUGCCGAUGACAGUGGAAACGUUGAGGCAGACUUUGAGCACCUUGAGCAAGCAGCCAGUACCUUGAAGGAGAAUCUGUCCAUCAAACUGCGAAAGAUCCAACUCAAGCGCACUGAGAACAACUUCCUUCACAUCUGGAACGCCGAGACGAUGGUCAAGUACUUGGGAUUUCUCGCGGGCGAGCUUCGUGCUCGCAGGCGAUCCCUGGGGCUUGGCUUGGAUUCCGCCGCUUUGGUCAUGUGCGAUCAGGUUUUCCUUUGCGGGGACAGCGAGGAAUCCAUUGGCGCUAGCAUUCCUGGCGGGUUUGGAGCAUGUGGCCAGCCCAACGAUGGCUGGCAUGCCUUCCUUCACCUUUUGAACCAGUCUUACUGCAAGGUUUCCAUGAACUGGAGUCAAGAGAUCAAAGCUGCUUGUGCCUAUGGGCGCCAGAACACAGCGCUGUAUGAGCUUACCAAGCUCAGCUCCGUGCCAGCCAUUUCCGACGGCGUCAACCUUGAGGCAUUGAGGUCCCUGCGAAAUCUGCCGAUGGAGGGAGAGCAGCAGCUCAUGUGGGCAGUGCAGGAUGGUGGUUUUGCAGCCACACGUCAGAUACUUCCAGAGUGGAUUGCGCAUCCAAUUGCUUUGAAGCUUUUCAAGUGGACCCAUGAGAGGCAUUCUUGGGACCAAAAGAGGGAACAGAGACAUGAUGGAUUGCUCACGCCAGCAAUGCAAAAAAAAUACGAUGAGUGGAAAAGCCAAACGUCGGAGUUCCGGUUUCUCUUCAGCAUCAAGAAAGAGAGCCAAGUGACCCAUGUCAGCGAUCCCAGAGAGCUGAGAAGGAAUCGCCAGGACAUCUUUCUGGUUUCCGUGCUGCCUCAUGAGGACGUGGCGCAGAUGAAGCUCAGGGCCAAUGAUGGUGAAGAGCGUCGCCUAGUGGCACUGAGGGGGAAGCCAAUCGCCAGCUCCUCACCUACUCCGGAGUUUCUGCGGAAGCCUUUGAGUGAAGAGGAGGCAGAGACUUUGCAGGUGGAUGAGUUUCUCGAUGCCCAUGGUGAUGGCAUGGACGAUGAGGAACAGCUACUGCGUGAGUGGUACAACAUUGGUUUGGCAGACCGCUUCAAUUUGCAGGAAUCUGCUGCAAGUGAGCCUGAUGCCCCUGAUGUACUUUUAGAAUCAGAGGAUGAAGGUCCAGUUUUGUAUGAAACCAGUGAUUCCAAUGAUGCUGGGGAGCCCCAGGUCAGUGAGUCAGACGCAGAGCUUUUGGAGACAUCUUCGGAGGAGGACCGAGGACCACCUGAACCCCCACAGAAGAGGAGACGAUAUACUCCCAGAAGAGGAUCACAAUUGUUCAUCCUGGAGCUGCCUGUUUGUGUCCAUGCUCACAAACGAAUCUACGCAAUAGGAUCUGGAGCUUUGCAAAACCUCAGGUCUCACAUGGCAGGGUACACAAAGCGAGAAGAUCGUUUAGCAGAGCCCAAGCACCCGACACUGGGAGUCUCGCUACGGCGCAAGACGACCAGCUAUAAGUGGCCAGAUGUCUUGAGUUUCUUUUGGCUCUUAUACAUCUCGGCCGCAGAGAUUCUCCCCACCAAGAUGGUCAUGCCAAGUGAGAUAUUCAAAACUGGAAGCAAGUCCGUGGUCAUGGAAGAUGACUUUGAAGACAGAUAUGUCAGCAGCUUCAUGCAGAAUCUGGAACUUCAAUGUGAUCCAAUGAAAGCUGCACACGUGGGCCCUGGAAGUUUUCAAGGGCCUCAGCGGUUGAGCAGCGCUGUGGCCUACAAGUUGGACCAAGUAAGCCGAUGGAAAGAGUUCGGAGCGCAGACUGCCGUGAGCAUCCACGGGAUGCGAAGGGUACAUUACUUUCGCAUCUGUCAUCGUGCAGACAUCGGUGCGGAGACUUUGAGCCGCGUGUCACAAGUGGAGGACUUCAAUGUGGGUCGUGUCCAGCCUCAUGCAAACGACCUGUUCCUUGUAACAAAGAGAUGGAUGCAUGAUACAUCUGUUAGUCGUGUGAUUGCAGUCAUGACGGCCAGUACCGCAGAGAAGCUUCGUCAAGGCUUCUCUGCUCCAUCUGGAUUGGCUGGACGAAGAGCGAUUGGAGUCAAGGUGAGACAGAACAUCAUGACUCGCGUGCCCAAGUUGAGACAAGCUGGGGAACUUUCCGAGCAAGCCGCAAACUAUUUGCUGUCCUGGACCGCUGGGACGCUGCACCAACAUGCCAAGCCAGCUUCGUACAGCAUUCUUUCAUACAGGAGGGACGAAGAGAUUCCAGACGAUGCCAUCUUGAUGGAAUCAGACCCUGAAGCCGAGAAAGGUGUGGCAGACGGCGCGACUGACAUCAUGCUCGAGUCGGAUAAUGAGACCAAUGAUCCUUCAAACGAGGUGGGAGAGUUCGCGGAGAACUUUGUUCACAACCGCCAUUUUGCUUUGCUGCGGUCAAAGUUGGGGAACGUCCUGCAGCACACAGAUCACAUCCGGGUGGACCUCAAAUUCAUGGUUGAAAACGACCCACCCAAGCAGAAGUAUUUGCACACCCGGUUCAAGAAGCUUAUCUUCAAGAACAUGGAGGACAUGGGCAAGGAGAGUGCUAGCACCUAUGGGGAUCCUGGCCAUGCGACCAUACCUCAGGCAAGACCAAUUCAAUCCUUCUAA